AUGAACAACGAUUGUAUCCGAUUUCUCGGAGUUCUAUUUCCAAAUAUUGAAAAGUUGAUUUUGCCUUGUGUGAAUGACAGACUCCGCGUACCUCAACGACUGCUCUCCAGCUUUCCCAAGCUUUCCCACGUUCAGAUAUUUUUUCUUCCUCCAUUUAAUUCAUGGAGAUCCUGUUACAGACAAGAUGUGAUUGAUUGCCAAAAUUUAGAUUACACCUUUGUGCAAAAUUUUGCCAAGAUUCUACGGUUUAAAUCAGAUCAAUCUAAUCUAGUUUCAAUUCCAAAUAAUGCAAAAAGCGAAGAUGUCAUUAAUACUCUAAAAUACUUUGUUGAAACUGAGAGAUUCUCUUUGGACAAGACUGAUAUCAUCACUUCUUUACAUCCUACUAGCUUCACUCCUUCCUUAAUUGAUUACAUUUUACAAGUACAUGAAAAACAACAAAAGGCUGGAUAUGAACGUAUCACUUUCACCCAAGAGAGAAUCAUGAAUAGUUCAUUAUUUUUUGGUUUGCCUGAUGCUAUUAUGGACUACAUGUUAGAAACACAAUUCUUCAAGAAAUUAACAUCUACUGAGAGUAUCAUUAGUUCAAGCUUUGUGAAUAGCCUUCUGACUUCCAUAACUUCAUUGAAAAUGGCCAAACUUUUAUUUGAACAAGCAGAGUGGCCUUUUGUUUUUGAUGAAGUCAAGAAUCCAUUAUUGAUUCUCAUUGCAAAUUCCAGAAAUACUUCUGUCACCUCAGAAUUAAUCUCAUUCUUUUGCAAUUUGAAACCUGGCCUGAUCUCUUUGGGUGACGAAAAUGGAAUCAUUUCAAAUGAAGUGGCUUCCUUGAACAUUCUAAACUUGUACCUAAACAUGCAAAAGGGUCUCAACGCUGAUGAUAGCAUCAUUGAAGCGCUUCAUCGAAAUGGAGCUGACAUUACUUUUGUAUGUCCAAACACAGGUAACAAUUUUUUACAUAUUUGCCCUUAUUCGGAAUAUUUGGCAGAGCAUCUCCCAAAAGAAUACUUUUUGGCCAAAAACAACAGAAACAACAAUCCUUUUGAAAGACUUUUGAAACGUAUUGAAGUAGAUAAUGACCUUACUCCAGACAAGGUUCGCCUAGCUAUUCAUGUAUUCUGUAAAGCCUACAAAAAGUAUGAUAUUUCUUUGGAUGAUUUGACGUUUGAAAAUGACAUGAGUUUGUUGCACAAAAUCAUAUCGCUACAGAAAUCAGUUGCCAUUCCAGAACUUGUUAUGGCUGAUCUUAAUUGUAACAAAACCGAUAAUCAAGGGAAGACUCCCCUCCAUCUCUAUAUAGAAACUUGCCCCGAACAUACAGGAUUCGAAACUGCUGAAAUACUAAUUGACGCCAUGGAUGUUGAAGUUAUUAACAAGGAAGAUCAUUCUGGAAAGUCACCUCUUUGUGCUUUAUUAGAGCGGUACGCCCCUCUUCCUUUUGCAAGUUCAUUCUCUUUUAUGUAUAUUCGAGGCCCCACUGAAGAUAACCACCUCAAAAUAAUAGAGUUAUUACUUUCAAAAGGAGCUGACCUAAAUCGAUCAAUUCAAUCCUUGGAUGGUGAUGUAUUUGUAAAGGGCAACAUUGAACAUAACAGAGUUAUUGUUUUGGCAUCUUUGCUUUACUCAGCUCCCAUAAUGGCGCCAACCACACUUGCCAAUGUACUAAAGUAUUGGGAUAACCUUAAUGAAUUGUUGGUCACUCCUACCGAAGUGCAAGGAGUGAAAAUUACUCCAUUGUGCUUUAUGCUCUCUUCAUGGGUUUACAAUAGUACAAAAGUUUUAGAGAUGCAAAAGGUAUUUGAAGGAGAUCACUCAAUUCUAGACAAGGAACUGCUCAAAAAGAGUAUUAUAACAUUGAACGAUCAACAAGUAGAUCCCGUUUUGUAUGUCCUAUUUAAUAAUCCUUAUAUUGUUGACCACAUAUUCCAAGUUUUAAACGCCAUACUAUUCAUACCUAUUCAACCAAACAACACUGGGAUGUGGUGGACUUAUCAAGAAUGUAACAGGAGCGAUCUUUGCAAAGCAUUGCUUGGAUACCAAUACGAAGACCUUCAAUUUGGAACAAUGAAUAUCCUCCAUAGUGUUUGCAAAGCGAAAAGCGAAAACUUGUUGAGUCAUUUUUUGACCAUGUUGACCUCAAACGCUCCAGCACAGUGCUCAACACUAUUAGCCUCUAAAACCUCCAAAGGUUAUGAUGUGCUGGACAUUAUUAGUCAAUAUGGAAUUUACAAUGCUGGAAAGAUGUUAAUCACUUAUGCUGAACAAUAUUUAUGUGACAAAAUCAAAUGGUCCAAACAGAACUUGAGAUCAGCAUUUAGCAACCACAAGUAUGAGUUUUGUUUUUUGAUAUUGUGUGAAAAUGAUGAGUUGGUGGAUGAAUUUACUUUGGAUGAAUUAAUGGAAAUAUGUAUCGGAUAUACAUUAGAAAGAACUGAUUAUGACAAGGAUUUCCAAGUCUCAAUUAUUGAUAUGCUUGAAUUUAUUUUCAAAAGGACAAAUAACGAACAAAAAUCUAAACUGAAUUGUCUUACAAAACCUUUCGCAAUUACUAGAUUCAAACCUAACCAAAUACGAAGUGAUAAUUUCUCAAGAACCCUCUUGUGGAAAGCUGCACUUGUCAAUGCAACCUCUGCAUGUUCAAAAAUUUCUCGAUCAAUAAUGGAAAGAGAAACAAUCAAACGUGACAUAUCUUGGUUGGAGCUUAGUUAUUGGAAAGGAUUGAAUUACUUGGUGGCCUAUAUCAUACAAAAUGACACAUCACACAGAAAGAGGAAACAAAUUCUUACUAAUAGCAACUUGAAGGCAUCUACAGUAAUUGAAUGGAUAACAAGAAAAAUCCAACCUAAAGGUGCUACCAUUUUACAUUUACUGUGCGAAGAUCUUCCAUCAGGACGGAAUUACAUGCCAUCAGUGAAGCAUGAGUUGCUUGAUGAUUUGCUUAAAUUCCUCGAUAAAACAGACCAAUUCGAUGAAGUGGUAAAUAUUCAAGAUGACAAUGGAGAGAGCCCUCUUUUCUAUGCCAUUAGAAAUCAAUCGUGUUAUGAAGAAUUUUUGAGAGUUAGUGAUCUCAAAUUGAAAAACAAGGAGGGCAAAACUGUGGAUCAAUGUUAUGAUGUUACAUUUUGCGCCAAGUAUUUUGAAGAGAGCAGUGAAGCUGAAGAACAACAACGGAUGAAAGAUGAAACAGAUGAGGAAAAGAAAGUGAUAGAAUCAAAAAAGAAAUCAAAACGUUCAGUGACCUCCAAAAAACAAACCAAAAAGAAAAAGUAA